UCAACGUGCACAUUUUGACUUCUUUGGUACGCCACGAUGUUCUGGCCGCUCUUCGCUCUCCUCUGCGUCUCCAGCGAAGGGGUAACGGGAGAAGAAGGUCUACCCAGGGACGAGGUGCUGUCCUGGGUCAAGCUCAGAGUCCUGGAGGGCCUGGGAAUGGAGGAGGCACCGCAGGUUCGCACGCCCGACGAGGAGAGGAGGAAGCUGGGGAGAAACGUGCUCCUGAACAGGGCAGAAAGUGUGGGCGAUGGAUGCGUGGAGCAACAAGAUGAGAUGCAAGUUAUUUUGUUUGCAAUUUCAGAACAUUCCUGUGCCAAGUCUGACCCGGGACACUCCUCCUCCCGUAGCCCCUUCACCUUCACCUUCCAGCCGUCCAUCGACCCCCACACCUCCCUGGUCACCUCCGCGGAGCUCUGGUUCUUCUCGGGUGCGGGCCUCCCUCUGAACACCUCUGCACCUCUCUCCGUGCUCACCUCCGGGCAUCAGCGUCUCCUCUCGGCAUCCCCCGCCCCCGCGCACCGCUCUACAGACGGCUGGAGCGCGUACAAUUUAAACCAGAACGCGCUAAAAACAAUCGGGCACGGCGCGUUUUCGCUCCAAAUCGACUGCCCAGAAUGUCCAUGCAAUGACGACGAAGACAAGCUGCCAUUUUUGAGUUUAAACAUCCAAAAACGCGCGCCAAAACGGAAAUCCAGAAGCGUGGGGAUACCUUGGUCGUCGUCUGCGUUAGAUUUGCUACAACGCCCCUCUGUGGAGACUCCGGGGGACUGCAGCAGAGCGCACGUAGAGAUCAGUUUUGAGGAGUUGGGGUGGGACAAUUGGAUAGUCGACCCGAAGACGCUGGAUUUCUACUACUGCCAGGGGAACUGCUCGUCUCCGGAGAGGGCGGCGGCGCGUUUGGGUAUGGUCCAGUGCUGCGCUCCGGUACCGGGGAGCAUGAGGUCCGUGCGCAUCACCACCACGUCGGACGGGGGGUAUUCGUUCAAGUAUGAGACCCUGCCUAAUAUUAUACCAGAGGAAUGUGCGUGCAUAUAA